AUGUAUGAUUUCAUGAGUGAUGCUUCAAGUAAUGCCAUAAGCGAUUCUAUAAAUGAUGCUAUGAGCAAUACUAUGAGCAAUACUAUGAGCAAUACUAUGGAUGAUAUUAUGUGCAAUGCUAUGAAUAAUAUUCUGAAUGAUACUAUGAAUAAUGCUAUAAAUGAUGCUAUGAACGAUACUAUGAAUAGUGUUAUGAACGGUGCUAUGAACGGUGCUACGAAUAAUGCUAUGAACGAUGCUA